GUGUCAGCUUUGUGUUAUUAUUGUCUGCAGUCAAAGAUAUUCUUGCAUACAAAAAAAAUUAACUUUUUGAGUGCGGUGAAUUCUUUUCCGAGGUUUCAUUCAAUCCCAACAUUUUAAUUAUGAAAAAACAGAAAAUUUAUCUAUAAAUCGAUAGAGACUUAUCAUACACAAUUCACACGUACAGGUGUGAAGUUUCAAUAAUUAAUCCAUGUACACGUGAACAAAAUCGUGACAAAAAACAAGAUAAGGAAACUAAUCGUCUUGGUCGAUUGAUAGAUACUCGCUAAUGAAUUCGCUUUUAAAUUCCGAGACAUGAUCACAUUAAUUCUGAAACGGAAAAUUUAGUCACGUUUCAUCCUACGUCGCUCUUUAUGAACUUGUAGUAUACAUUGUACGGUAUGAUACCAUUCACGCAUUUUUUUCAGAUAAACUCGUACAUAUGUUUCGCGAAUGUUAUACAUAACAUAAACUCGGCAUAGGUCAGUUACGUAAUGCUCAGUUCUUGAGCUUGUCAAAUACAUUUUCUUAGCAUACAGGCUUAUAGCAGUCGUGAGAAGCACGCCAUCGGCACAUGGACGGUAUAUAUAAUAAUAAACAAUCUCGUCCAAUUUUAUACGAUGUAAAAAGUUAUUGCGAUGAACGUAUGCAAAAAAGCAGACGCGAUUACGCGAUUUCAUGUUUUAAACGAGACGAUUUCUGAUAAGAGUGCAGCGUGUAGUUGUGUCUAUUUCAUGCGCUGUCAGAUAAAUGUGAGAAUAGAGGCGUUGUUAUAGUUCAGGCCUGGACAGUUUUUAGAUAACGAGAAAAUUGAAUUAGAUAAUCCCGACAAGUAUGCGAAUAAAUUAUAGUUAAUAGUUAAUUUCUUUUUUUUUUGCAAUACCAGUGCUUGCGAACGGGUAACAACGUUUAUGUCUGCAAGGUACCGAGUAUUUUCUAUUAUUAGUUAUACUCUUUACUAUUUCUGGAAUAAAUAAAAAAAAAAUUAGUCAAAAAAAAUCGAACAUUAAAAAUAUGUACUUUUGUGGACAUUUCAAUUCAAUCUUGCGCGAGUUCAUACCGCAUCAUAUCAGCUACUUAUGCAAUUACUAUCGUUUGAUUUCAUUCUUUCACUUACAACAACAACUUCUUUUCUCACCCCCUCGUUUCAUCUCCAGACUAUACAUAUACAUUCCAAAGGAAGAAAAUAAAAUAAAGUAGACCAAAUUUCGCACUUUAAUAACACGCAAAAUGACAAUUAAUUACAAUUUAACAUAUGUUAAUACAAAGGCUGUACCUAUAGCCCUGGUAGAAAUCGACCCUAUUUCUGGUCAGAAUUUCUGGCCAACGCGUGUUAAAAUGAGGUUCGUCUAAAAUCACUGGAAACACUGAAUGAAUUCCUAAUGGUACUUUAUUUUAAAAAAUGUUCCAUCAGGGAGAUACCACUAUAGCAAAGCUUUUCAAACUUAUAAAUUCCUCCAUCACCUUCACCUAUUACGAAUUUCCCAUCUCUUCUCGCGACUCUCAUCGACAGCCUCUCCCCUCUUCUCCCUCGAUUAGAAAGUACGGCAGCAAGUGCGUAUACACACAGAGCCGGUCGAACUGGCCUUCUUUGCGCGCCACAGUCCGCGCGAGACCGAGACGUCGAGUGCAUCUCUACUUUAUACACUCCUCCGCAUUUUCGUGCAGUGCUGUAUUGUGUGUCAGUUUUCGCUGUGGGACGCGAGAUCAGUGAAAGUGUCACUCAAGCUUCUCACGCUCGUAUGCCUCAGUAUUAUAGCAUCGGCUUAGUCUCGGCAGCUGGACGCAUGUGCAGAUAAGCAUAAACUCGCAUCCUCCGCAGUGAAAUGGACGAAAAGGAGAUGGAGGACUGCUCGGCGCCGCUGCAACCGAGUACCAAUGGACGUAAUAAGGUCAUGGCCAUCGCAGUCGCCACGACGGAACAGCCGCAUCAGGUCGACGUCCAGUUCGCGGACGUUCAUUACUCGGUGCCGCACAGAAAAGAAAAAUGGAAGAAAAUCCUUCACGGAGUAACCGGCGAAUUUCGCGCCGGUCGUCUGACGGCAAUUCUCGGACCCUCGGGUGCCGGCAAGACGUCGCUGCUGAACCUUCUGGCGAGUCGUGGUUCGAAUUGGUCCCAACGUCGAGCUGUCCGUGGCAGUUUGACGAUCAACGGCGUCAGCUGUUGCGAGCAUCCCGAGCUUUUUCGUAAACUCAAGGUCUGCUACAUUCCCCAGGAGUUCGCCCUCAUGCCCCUGCUCACCUGCAGGGAGACCAUCUACAUUGCUGCGAGACUUAAGCUGAAGGUCAAGGGACACGAUGAAAAUUCCAGGAAUCACGUUAUCCAGGAUGUAGCAGACAGACUAGGCUUAUUGAACUGCAUGGACACGUUGACGAGUAAACUCAGCGGCGGUGAAAAGAAACGUCUAUCCAUCGCAGUAGAAAUGAUCACAAGCCCGUCUGUGAUGCUUCUCGACGAGCCAACUAGUGGCCUCGACAGCACUUCAUCCAAUCAGGUGAUAAAUCUACUGUGCUCGAUGGCGCAUACCGGUUGCACAGUCGUGUGCGCGGUUCACCAGCCAAGCAGUCAGAUCACCUGCCGCUUCGACGACCUGCUGAUAAUGAGCCAGGGCCGAAGUCGCUAUUGUGGAUCACGUGAACGCAUCCUCGAGCACUUCAAGGACGCCGGCUACGCUUGUCCGCCGUUUUACAAUCUCGCCGAAUUCGUUCUCGAAGUGGUGACCGGCCAACGUGGCGGUAACUACGAGCGCAUGUGCAGCAAAGACUCGAUGGACGAGACGAGUCAAGUGGACUCCAAUAAGUACACGACGUGUUCCACCCCCAGCCAGUGGAAUUCAAGCGUCAGGCGAUACGCUGUUUCGUACUGGGAGCAGAUGAAAGUCCUGUUGCGUCGGGCUUUCAUCUGCAUAUUACGAGAUAACACAUUGACCACUUUAAGGCUUUUGGCGCACGUGAUCGUAGCCGUACUGUUAGGAGUAGUUUUUUACAAUUUUGGACAAGACGCGAGUAGAGUGCAAAGCAACAUCGCUUGCCUCUUCUUCUUUGUGAUAUUUCUCUUUUUCGCUAACUCCAUGCCAUCCGUCCAAAUGUUUCCCACGGAAGCAACGGUCUUUCUCAGGGAAAAUACGAACAACUGGUAUUCGCUGGAGUCUUACUACAUCACGAAAGUACUUUCCGACCUUCCGCUCCAGAUUAUCUGUCCAACCGUUUUCUUGGCGAUAGGUUACUACAUAACGGGCCAGCCUCUCGAGAUUUCAAGGUUUUUCCAGGCUUGGCUAAUCUGCACGCUUUUCACGAUGCUUGCGCAGUCAUUUGGUAUCGUUACCGGGGCAGCGUUUGACACACAUGCCGGUAUGUUCUUGGUUCCGGCGUUCAACAUACCGAUGUUCCUCUUUGCCGGUUUCUUCCUCAAACUCAACGAGAUUCCAUUUUAUUUGAAUUUCUUCAGCACAAUCAGUUACUUUCGAUAUGCAUUCGAAGGUAUGAUGCAAGCCGUCUACUUAAACCGUCCAAAGAUCGAAUUUUGUCCAAUAGAGUACUGCCACUUGCGCCUGUCCAAACAGAUCCUCGGCGAGCUUGGUAUGCCCUCUGUGGCUUAUUCCACGACGGCUUUUGCACUUUUUGCCUGGAUACUCGGACUUCACACGCUCACCUACAUAGUAUUGCGCUGCAGGCUCUAUUUUGCUCAGAGAUGACGACAAGGGCUUUUCGAUUUUUUAUACUUGUUUGAACGAUUUGAAAAUCGAGUAUUUUAUAAAGAGAAUUCGAUGUGAUUUUUUAGCGCAUUCCAGUUUUUGUACACCGUUGAUGAUUUUAUGUAUGUGUGCAUACAUAAAAAGACCAAAUUACGAGUAUUUCAAAUUAAAAGGCAAUUAAUAAUUUUUCAAUAUUUUUUAUGGGACAUUAUUGAAAGUAUUGUAUAUUUUUAUAACGAAAAAUUUGAUUUUAUUAGGAUAAGAAAAGCGUAAUGAUUUAUUUUUUAAUCAUACUUUUAUUUUAGCGAAAAUUAAAUCAUAGCAGAAUUGUUGAAAGUCAAUGCGAUUAUAAAUUAUGCAUUAUAAUAUGCCCAUACAGAUAAAUGUGAUCUUUUACUUUACCGCGAUGCCACGCGAACUUUGAAAAAAUAUAAAUGCGAAAUAUAAUCAAAAUCAAGUUAUAUGGGUGCUCUCUUAUUACUUUUAAUAUGCUCUAUCUUGCAAAGAAAAGGGGUUAUUUAACGCAUUUUCAUACAUUUGCAUAAUAAUAAGAUGCAUAAUUAUGCAAAAUCAUAUGCGAGGGCCUGAUAUUGUUAAGUUUUCAUUGUAAACAUACAUUUUUAUACUAUAUUUAUACACGUUUUGUACACAUGUAUAGGGUUGACAGAAAUAAAGCAACUACUGUUUCUAAUAACACAAGUGUAUUUAUACUCUAUCGCACAUAUAUAAUUGCAUAUUUUCACAUGUUUUUUCUUAUCUCGACAAGACAAUUUUUUGUUCGGGUAUAUGCAUAUACAUGUGUGUGUGUUUGCGCGUGUAUUUAUAAAAGGUACUGGUCGCCGAGACAAAGCCUAUAUAUCAUCAUCGCGCGUAGAUAAUAAAUAAGAACAAAAAAAAAAAAAUUAACAAUAAAUCGCCUUAAUUGCGCUUACAAGAAAAUUUACAAUCAGU